UUUAGUUGGUAAUAGGCGUUAUCAGCAAUAGUUACAAUGCCUCAAAAUGCAGUAGUAAUCGUGCGCUACGGCCCUUAUAAAUCGUGUGGCAUCGUGGACCACAGAACGUUUCGUCUGAUUGGCCUCCAAGCUGCAUUGAAAGAGAAUGGACAUCAAAGUGUAUUGGAGAAAAUGUCUGAUUGGAACAAGGUGGAACUUGUGGUCAAUGGAGAAUGUGUCUACACAUGCAGCAUAAAACAACUGGAGUUUGGAGGAGAUGGGAAACUGGACCACCUAUGCAAGGAGGCCGUCACUGCUGUGCAGAAUGCAUACUGAGAUACACCCACACUCUACCAGGAGAUUGGUCAAGGGGAUAAAUCUAAUAGUAAACCUGAAGAGAAGCACAGCAACACUUUUCGUGUUGUUUUUUUUUGUUGAUGACAAGCAUUACAGUACCAUACAAUAGUGUUCUCCAGCAUUAAGUCAAGUUUUGUUGUAUUUAUUGCUACAAAAUCUCGGGGACCCAGAAUCAAACGUGCCGUGUCUGCUGGUCAUCUCAACAGUCUGUAUUGAGAGACUGCAACAUGCUAAUUGCAACAUGUAGUCAUUAUAGUUUCUUAUGAUUUUUGCUUUGUGGUGAUUGACUGUACUAUAGUUACUGUAUCAUUGUCGAUAUUGCCUCAGACAAUUUUGUGUCUGGUCCCUGUCUGAAAGCAUACAUGACAAAGUCCAUAUAAUUCCCUUAACCUUUGGCAUACAACCAUUCUUAGAUCUGCUUCCUGUGGUCUCUCUCCUCAUCUGAAUAUGAUUACUUCUGCAAUCCAUUCUCAAUUAGCCUUAUGGGAGGGAUUGUGCACUAAUAGAAUCAUACCCCAUCGGUCAAACCACAGACCAAAUUAGAGGACCAAAUUUGCAUUGCAAGCAAAAAUCCAAACAGUCAUGCAAACACUGCCACAC